AUGAAACGUUUAUUAAGACAGUCAAUUUUACCAAUAAUUCCUUCAUUACAAUGUCUUAAAAAAGAACAAGUGUUCAAAAAUCGUGAAAUUGUGAAACAAUUAAUUGAUAUUACGUUAUACCUAGGUAGACACGGAUUGGCUUUUCGUGGACAUCGUGAAGGAUGGUACGAACAAAAUAAAGGAAACUUUAAAGAUCUUAUUAUACUUAUUUCUAAAUAUUCACCUAUUAUGGCUCAGUAUAUUACCGAAAUUAAAAUGCAAAAACACAAAAGUGAAUGUUCGUUUAUCUCUUGGAGAAAACAAAAUUUAUUAAUUGAUACAAUUUCUGAAUGUAUAGUAACAUUCAUAGAUGAAGAAAUAGUUGGUGCUCGGUUUUUCAGCAUAUCAAUCGAUAGUACUUUUGACAUAUCGAGAAAAGAACAAGUUUCCUUUGUCAUUAGAUAUGUUCAAAACGAUACUAUCAAGGAACGGUUUAUUGCUUUAAAAGAAUCUUCGAACACGCGAGGGGUGGAUUUAGCUGAACUUUUCUAUAGUGUCUGUACUGAUCACAAUCUGGAUUGGAAACAUUAUUUAAUCGGGCAAGCUUAUGAUGGAGCAGCAAGUAUGCGUGGACAGUAUACUGGUUUACAAUCAAUUAUUAACGAACAAAAUACAAGUGCAGUGUAUAUAUGGUGCUGGGCCCAUAGAUUAAACCUAGUUGUAAUUGAUGCUGUUUCCUCGGGUAACAAUGCUAUGGAUUUAUUUGGAAAUUUGGAACAAAUUUUUGAUUUUGUAUGUUCGAGCAAAAAAAGGGUAUCUUUAUAUGAAAAAAAUUAA